UGAGGGCGGCACCUUGUGCGACUUGACGCAAACGGGCAAUCCAUUCAGAUUAAGCGAGCAGCCACACCCUGCCUAAUUUCGUCGUCACCAGACUUUCCGCCAACCUCGACCGCACUUUUCCCUCUGCAACUACCUGCAUCCUCAUCUUCGCCCCGAGAGUUCCGAUCCUUUUCUUUGGGAUCAGCUCUCACUUCAUCUUUUUUCUUCGGAUCAGAUUGAGUGUCGAAAAGGGAAAAGCGCGGAAGGCGCUUGAACUCCCCAUUCAUCAUGACUACUCAAGGCAUCGUGUCCAAGAACCUCUACGAGCUUCUAGGCAAUGAUCCCGAACUCGAUCCGGACCGACCGGCAGACCCACCCGUCAAGACUGUAGACAAGCCUGCUGCGCGACAAGGCAAGCGAAAUGCGCCUGCUGAGGCUCCCUCGAAAGAUGCUACUGCUGCACCAAGAGGUGGACGUGGAGGCCGUGAUGGUGCCACAGGCUCUGAACUAGCUUUCCGUGACCGUGGCGCUGGAAGCAACCAGAACCGCAACAAGCCGACCGACGAGUUUCGAUCUGAUAGGCACUCCAACCGCCUCCAAGACGGCGAGCAAAAACACUCGGGAGGCCGUGGACGUUCUCGUGGACAGGGUGGUUACCGAGGUGGUCGUGGCGGCGGUGGCCCCCGCGAUGACCGUCACAGCAAGACCGGCGUCUCUGAUUCUGACAAACAAGCCGGUGCCGGCUGGGGAGGCCAGACUGGUGAUGACGAGUGGGCUGAUGAAAAGGCCGGCGAAGCCAUUGCUAAGGCAGACGAGAAGGAAGAAGGCUUCACUCCAGAUGUUGGAGAUGCUGCCGACGGCCCAGUGAAUGCUGAGGGUGAGACGGCUGCCGCUGCCCCUGAGCCUGAAGAAGACAAGACCAAGUCCUACACCGCAUGGUUGGCUGAGCAGGAGGAGAAGCGCGCUGCUCUCGGUGCCGGUCUCGAAAUCCGCAAGCCUAACGAAGGCUCCAAGAAACAACCCGAAGGCAAGGCUAUCUCUCGUGAGGAGCAAGAAGACUUCAUUGCCGGCUCUGGUCCCAAGGCCAAGCGUGAGCGUGCCCGUAAGGAGCGUACUCUUCUCGAGUUGGAUGAUCAGCGCCUUCACAGCGCCCCUCAGGACUCUGGCUUCCGUGGAGGCCGUGGUGGACGUGGACGCGGACGUGGUGAUGGAGACCGUCCCCCAAGAGGUGAAGGCCGUGGCCGCGGCGAUGGUAACUUCCGAGGUGAAGGCCGUGGACGUGGCGGACGAGGCCGUGGAGGUGACCGAGGCGAAUUCCGUGGUGGUCGCGGUGGUCGCGGAGUCACAUCCCCCAACGUCAACGACGACAAGGCAUUCCCCAGCCUAGGCGCAUAAACGCUAAAAGGAAUCUCGAUGUUGGGCCAAGAUUGAUGUCGAAUGGCAUUUCAUCGAUUCGUAAACCGAGCCUUGAAAAGUACUCAGAUUUCUUUCCAAUC